AUGAUUUAAAGAAAAAAUGCAAAAUAUGAAUCAAGAAGACAAAUGUUAUAUGAGCUAUCUAAAAAGGCAGAACUUUAAGAAUUAACUUAAAAUAUAUUAGAUGAUAUGGAAGAUCUUUAAUAUCUAUAUAAAUCAUAUUCAUAGAAUAAUUUUGAUAGAAAAACUGUUGAAAUUUUAGGGGAUGAUCCUAUAUUAAAAGGAUAAAAAUUAAUGAAUAUGAUUUUAGAUAGAGAUAAUUAUAAUUAAAAAGAGAGAAUAAGAAAAUCUUUAAUAAAUUUGUUUUGUUAAAAUUAAAUUUUCCCUGAGAUAAUCCACUUUAUUAGAGUGGACAAUUAGAGUAUUGAGAUAAAAUAUUGUAAUGAACUUGAAAGAGAAUUAAUCAAAUAUGAUAAGGAGAAAUAGGAAAGAAGAGAAGUAAAUAAUAAGAUUGAAGAAAACACUGAUCAAAAUCUUAUUUUAAUACAUUUGAUGUGUUUAAAACAUAAAAUUACAAAUCAAUAAGAUUUUUUAGCAUAUUUUAAUAUAUAAAAGGACUAUUAAGUAAUUAAGGAAUUACAUUGUAAAUGUUAAGAAUUAGAGUUUAAUUAUUUAGAUGAGAAUACACAAUCUAUAAUAGUUGUAGUCGCAGAUUUUUAUUAAUUAUUUUUAACAUAUUGUUAAAUUAUUAAACCUAAAUAAGAAAAGUGUACAAAACUCAUAUUUAGAGUUUUACUUUAAUUAUUGUUGUAUUAGAAUAUCAUCAUACCUGAAUUACUAAGAUUUAUGAAGAUCAUUAGAAAUAGUUAAGUUUAUAAUGUUUAAUAUAAUUUUGGAAUGAUUGUACUCAAACCUACUGUUAAACUAUUAGAAUAGAUGAGUUAAAUUCCAUAAAUAAGUAAUUAGGUUGAAUUAUUAAAAAUCAAAAAAAUUAAUUUAACUUCUAAUUUACCUAAAUAUGAACAUUUUUAUAAUUAAGUUUUAACACAUUUCCCUUAUAUUUUAUAAAUAGAUACAGAUUAAGUUAUUAUAAAUUAUAUAGAAAAGCUAACUUAAAAUUAUCAUAGACAUCUUGUUGUUCUUGAAGAAAUUUAUAUGAACACUGAAUUUUCAUAAAUGAUGCAAUAGAUCGACAAAAUCUGUGGAGUAUAAAUUAAAUUUAUAAUGGAUUUAGAUGUGAAUUCAGAAGAGGAAUUUAAAGAGUAUGGAACAAAUUUAUUAAAGAUAGGAACUAUGUUAUGUCAACUAAGACAGAAGAUAUUUUAAAAUAAUAAUUCAACUAAACUUAAAUAUAUUAAUGAUCUUAUAGAAAAAUUUAAGAAAUUCUUAUAAUAUGAAUCAGAAAAUGAAAGAUCAUUUCCAUAAUUAUUAAAAUAUAUUAGUUUUAAUAAGAAUGAAUUAUAGAUUGAUAUUUCUGAUAAUUAUGAUUAAGAAUUAUUAGAUGAUACAAGAUUUUCAGAAUUCUUAUAGUAGUUAUAAAAUAAUAAAAUUCAAAUUGAUAAUGAAAAAGGACAGACUGAAAAUGAAAUUCUAAUAAAUUAAAUUAAGUUAAUAUUUCAACAAAGAGAGUAAUAUUUGGAUUAGUUAAAUUAAUUAAAUGGAAAUAUACGUUGUGAUUAAUUAAUGAAGGAUUUAUAGAAAAAUGAAUUACAACACAAAGAAUAUCUAGUGAAACUUUUAGUGUGUAUACAAUACUAAAUAUAUUUAUGA